UCUUAAUGUUUUUCAUACAAAAGUAUUAAUCAAGUCAGCUUUAUUGUCAUAUGUGUCGUAGUGUGGGUAAAUAAGAUGCAGUCGGUUACCACAACAUGUACAAAGCGUACUGGAGUAGAAGACGGGCUUUCACAACUACAUUUGUUGUCAUUAGAUUGUGCAAAUUAGGUAGUAUAGUGUUUGCUACACCUAAUGAUUGUGGACAACGUAAAAAACGAAACCCUUGCAGGGGGGUCAUGCUCGUCCAAUCUUUAUUCAGCAUGCCCCAAAAACAUCCACGACCUUUCAUCUCCACAAUGGCCGCUCUCCGCUGAUUCAUCCAAUGCUGUAGACUUGAUGAGUGCGGUCCAUUUCUAGGUCAGUGAAAAGCAUACUAAGCUGCUGAGUUGAAUAGGCCGCAGGGAGGGGAGGGGCCCCUGUUAUCCAAAAACACACUAAACUAAAAGCCCAUUUGAACAUCACACAGCCACGGAUGCCUUGCCACAAAGCAGCAGCUCAAUGUAGGUAGCCUUCUUUUUUGCACAGAAUUGGAUAAAUAAUGGAAGUAGCAGGAUGACCACAAUCAAUAAUUUAACAAUGACGUCAAUACAAGAACUGUAUCAAAAUUUCUGUCAUGAAGCAACAAGUGUUUACAAUUACAGUUGUCUCAAGCACGAUGACAGCGCCUUAUUUCCCAGCGAGGUCAGUCCUUUUCCGCAAGGAAUCGAAUGGGGUGACCUACAGAGUACCGGCGUUGCUCUACCUGCCCCGAUGCAGCUCUUUCCUGGCCUUCUGCGAAGAGAGGCUCAGUCCGUCCGACUCCCAGGCUCACCUGCUGGUCAUGAGGAGAGGGACUUUCUACAGGAACUAUGUUGAGUGGGAAGACAUGAAUGCACUCGGAACGGCCUACUUGCCGGGCCACCGCUCCAUGAACCCGUGCCCAGUGUACGACGACUUCACAGGUACCCUCUUCCUAUUCUUCAUCGCCAUUCUGGGUCACACCACCGAGUCCUUCCAGCUGGCCACGGGGAAGAACUUAACGCGCCUCUGCUACGUCUCCAGCACGGACAAAGGUGUCACGUGGAGUCCGGCCACUGACCUCACGCAGCAGGUCAUAGGAGACACCCUCAAAGAAUGGGCCACCUUUGCGCUAGGCCCAGGCCAUGGCAUCCAGCUCAAGUCCGGUCGCCUCCUCGUCCCCGCCUACGCCUACCACAUCGAGUGCAAGCAGUGCUUCGGAAAGCUGUGCCAGACGUCCCCGCGCUCCUUCUGCUUCCACAGCGACACCCAUGGGCGAACCUGGUGUUUCGGGGAGACCGUCCCGGGCCCCGAGACCGUGGAGUGCCAGGUGGUGUCGGUGGAUGAGGAGGACGGGACCAACUUCUUGUACUGCAAUGCGCGCAGCAGGCUGGGCUUCAGGGUUCAGGCCCUGAGUCUGGAUGACGGGGCCACCUUCCAGGAGGGUCAGCUGGUGCAGCGGUUGGUGGAGCCUCGGAAUGGUUGUCACGGUAGCGUGGUGGGCUUCCCGGCUCCGCUACAUUUACAUCUUGAUCUACGCUUACGGCAACUCACCCAGUCCUCCAGACAUAAUUUGACCUCUCUCGUCCCAUCACAAAAAACAACCUCGCCAGAUUUCCUCUCCCCUACAUGGGUGGUAUACUCCCACCCAACAUGGACCAGCGCACGGAAGGACCUAGGUGUCUUCCUGAGUCUUUACCCCCGCGACCCCGACAGCUGGCGCGGGCCCUGGGUGAUCUACGAGGGUCCGUGCGCCUACUCCGACUUGGCGUACGUGGAGCUGCCCCCGUCGUACGGCUCUCCUCCCGCCGUGGCCUUCGCCUGCCUGCUGGAGUGCGGCGCCAGGACUGCCUACGACGAGAUCUGUUUCUGCAUCUUCACGCUCUACGAGCUCAUCGAUAACCUCCCGCCAGGCAAGACACUUGUACAUCAUGAUGAUAACAAACAGCAAAGGCAUGAGGCCAAAGCAGGCGGAUGUGAAGCCCUACACGUGAAGAAGAGGAGGAGGAAGCUUGGUGACUUUUGUGCUCUGUCUUAAAUUGAGUUUAUAUCCCUUGUCCAAUCAUAUGUCGUACAAUGUUCUUUUAUUUAACCUGUCCUCGGCUAUUGGUUAAAAAGGUCUAAAGGAAUU